AUGGCUUAUCCAUACUCCUCUCCACCACCACCACCACCACCACCAUCUCCUCCAUGCAACCCCCCUCCUCCUCCGCCCCCACCGCCACCGUCUCCUCCAUGCAACCCUCCUUCUCCUUCUCCACCUCCGCAUUCGCCAGGACACCACAAACCGCCCACCGCCCCUUCUCCGGCGCCAUCUCAUCGUCACCAACCACACCACCACCACCACCACCACCAUCACAAGCCCUCAUCCCCACCAGCACCCGCAGCAGCACCAAAGCCUACAAAGCCACCGCACACCCCGGCCACACCGCCACCAUCAUCAAACUGUCCACCACCACUACCCAAACCUGAAAAGCCUUCUCACCCGCCGCAAAAACCAUCAUAUCCUCCCAAAACACCACCCAAAUCUGAAACACCUCCUCCCCCACCACCACAACCAGCAUAUCCUCCCAAAACACCACCACAUCACCACCACCACCCACCCUCACCCUCACCAAAACCUAGUGUUCCAACAACACCACAUUAUCCACCAAAAUCACCACCACCACCUUCAUCAAACUGUCCACCAUCACCACCACCAAAACCCGAAACACCUAUCCCCCCACCACAACAACCAGCAUAUCCACCCAAAACACCACCGCACCACCACCACCAUCCACCCUCACCAUCACCAAACCCUAGUGUUCCAACAACACCACACUAUCCACCAAAAUCCGCGCCACCACCAAAGUCCGAAACACCUUCUCCUCCUCCACAACAACCAUCAUAUCCACCGCAUCACCACCACCACCCACCCUCACUACCACCAAAUCCUAGUGUUCCAACAACACCUCAUUACCCACCCUCACUACCACCAAAACCCGAUGUUCCGGCCAAGCCCCCAACGCCACAAACACCUCAUUACCCACCAAACGGCCCGGCAGCACCCCCAAAAUCCCCAUCCAAGCCGCCGAAGCCAUCAACACCUUCUUAUCCACCAAAAACACCGCCAAAUGGCCCGGCUUCACCACCAAAGCCCGGCCGACCGGCUAAGCCGCCAAAGCCUUCUCAUCCUCUAACACCACCAGGUGGCCCAUCAUAUCCGCCAUACUAUCAACCAGGUGCUCCAUCAUAUCCGCCAUACUAUCAACCGGGCGCUCCAUCAUAUCCACCAAUUUACCCACCAGCUCCAGACUCCCUUACUCCAUUUUCGCCGCCCUCAAACACUAUCUUCACACCGCCUCCUAACGGCGGAGGCGGAAAAGAUCACACCACCGUGAUCGCAGUGUGUGUCUCUUUAGGUGGAUUGUUCUUCCUCGCAUUCAUAGCAGUCGGCCUUUUCUGCUUAGCUAAGAAGAAGAAGAAACCUAUCAUGGUUCCUGCCGCCGCCGCCGCUGAAUGUGAGCCAGAUGCGCCGCCAGCGGGACAUGGUCAUGGCGGAGGUGCGCAUGGUGGGCCACACUCCCAAGGUUCUUAG